UCUUUCAACAUAAUUAUCUCACCAAUUGGAUAUUGGAUGCUAAAUUGUUAAGGUCAUCAGGAAGCGUUCCUCUACGGAUCAGGAUGUUCGUGAGGCGGAGUCGACGCGAAAAAUGUAAUACGGCUCCAAAAGUGCAGAUACGGCGUAUUCAUACCCGUCGCAUUGCAGAUUAUGUCGGCCGUAGAACCUUUAGUAUAAAAAUCGGCUGCUGAAAUCAUAUUGCUCUUGUAUCUUUCAAAUAUUCUCCCGACCAAGAAUAACCUAACUUUCGAAAUAACGACUCGCCGCGUUGCGGGAAAAUCAGCAUGGCAGAAUCCAUUGUCAUAUCUUCCCCGCCUAGCGAAAAUCAGACCGGGAAUAAACUGAAAAUUACUUUUACAGGACCGCAAGAAACGCUGAUAGGGCCGCUAGUAGCGAGAGCCACGGACGCAAGAUCUGAUAAUCCUAUCCUUAACGAUGUGGACUCCAUUCGGGUUAUAGAUCAGAUUGACCAUGACUUCGACAAAUUCGGCGUGAAUGAAACACAUGCUAUUAUGUAUGCUCUUCGAGCCCUGCGUUUAGAUGGUUGGACUACCGAGUUCCUCUCAAACAACCCGCAAGCGACGGUCGUUCACUUGGCCUGUGGGUUAGACGAUCGUUUACGUCGCGUCCAAGCAGACUUAACCAAGGUCCGUUGGAUAGAUCUCGACCUACCCGAUGUCGUUGAACUGCGCAACAAGCUCAUUCCCCAUCCGGAGGGCGACUACCGGCUGAUCGCCGCAGACGCGACUGAAAAAACGUGGCUCGAGCAGAUCCCUGUUGACCGUUCCACCGUCAUCAUCUGCCAGGGGUUAACUAUGUUUCUGGAAGAAGAGUCUGGUAAACGCAUGAUUCGGCAAAUUAUUGACCACUUCAAAUCGGGCCAGUUUAUCAUCGAUCAUAUCGGUACCGUAUUGCUCUCUUUGCAACACCAAGUCGAUACCCUGGUAGCUACAGGGUCAAGUUUCAAGUGGGCCAUUGACGAGCCGAAGAGCCUGGAGGCUCUUCAUCCGCAGUUGAAGAUGGUGGACUGUUUAGGACCAACCGAACUUGGUGAUCACGUAUUCUUGCCGCUUGGGACUCGUCUAAUGCUGUCAACUUAUUUAGAUUUACCUUGGCUAAAGUACAUCUCUUCCUACAUGCGGCUCAAUUUCUAGAGGUAGCGAUGCAUAGCCUGCUGUUUUGAAACCUUUGAUCAUAUAUUUUUAGACUCGUUCUAAAGCAGAAGAUUUCUGAUGGAAGAAUUAU